AUGGGGGCGCUUUACGACAGCAUGCUGCCACCGGAGACGGUCGACUUGCGUCCCUUGCCACCAGUGCUGCAGCAAGGGCUGACCGCACUGAGUGUCGUUGGGUGCAUCUCGCUCUUUUCAUCCAGUGCCCUCUUCUGCCACCUCACAUUCAAAAUUGUCCGGUGGAAGCAAAAGACUGCGGCACGGUCAAAAGCAGCAGCAGCAGCAGCAGCAGCAGCAGCAGCGGGCUCAAUUCCGGGCAGUAUCUACCACGAGCCGCUGUCACCAACAAUGGACCUUGCACUCGGCCUGGCAGAACGGCACUUUCAUGUCGACUUUGACACAACCAGCCAAAAUCAGAUUCCGCAGCCACUUCGGAAGACUACAGGAAUCAAGUUGUUCAAAAAGUGGCCAUUAUGGGCCGGCCGAAAGCAGAUGCCGCCGUCUGACGACGCGACAGCCGCUCAGGUCGUGCGAGAAAAGGCCGAGCUGAACCAGUUCCUCCUUCUCCUCUACAACUUGCUGCUGGCCGACAUGCAUCAGUCCUUGGCUUUUAUGCUCAACGCCGUCUGGGUGAAAAACGACGCCUUUAUCAUCAAAAGCAGCACAUGUUGGUCACAGGGCUUCUUUGUGUCCAACGGCGAUCUGUCUGCGAGUCUGUUCAUCGCCGCCAUCGCCAUCCACACAUACUCCGUCAUCUCCCGGGGCUACAAACCACCGCAGUGGGUGGUGAAUGCAGCGUGCAUCAGCAUCUGGGUCUUCACCUAUGGGCUGGCGCUCAUCGGCAUUGCAGCCACCCGGAACGGGGCAACCAGUGACGGGUUCUAUGUCCGCGCUUCAGCAUGGUGCUGGAUCAACCAGCAAUUUGAGACGCUCCGUCUUGUUACGCACUACCUCUUCAUCUUCAUCACACUGGCACUCACAUCGCUCCUGUACACUCUCGUCUUCCUUUCUCUCCGCCGAAAACAGAAGCUCCAACAACGGCAGCAAGAGCAACGCCUGAAGCUGGCUCCCAAUCACAGUCUUUCUCAAUUUCAAGCAAGCAAGUCCAGCGUCAAUAUCCGGCUGGCACCCAUUGCCAUUCCGUCGCCCGGCCCUGCUAGUCCUAUCAUCGCGGCCGUGGAUCUCGAAAACAAUGGCAAUGACAACAACAACGAGACGGCCAUGGGCGACAGUCUGCGCCACCCAGGCUUCCUCAUCUAUCCCAUUAUCUAUGUUGUUUGCACUCUGCCUCUGGCACUGGGUCGUAUUGCCACCAUGGCCGGUGCCGAGGUGCCACUAGGCUACUUUUGCGCUGCAGGUGCGCUCAUCACCAGCAACGGAUGGCUCGACGUCCUUCUCUGGGGUUCCACGCGCCGCAACAUUGUCUUUGGUGACGUGGGCGAAGAAGAUGUUGGCGUCAACACCUUUGCCUUUAUGCGCACGCCGCCCAACCGUCGAUUUGGCAACAUGGUGUGGGUAGAGGGGGGCGUCAACAACAGGAACAGCAGCAACAGGACCAAUCACAUGGGGCAAUUCAAACACACAAGCAGCCACGAGAGCAGCAACACCAGCAGUCGCAUGGACACGAGCCGCUACAGCCAGAGCAGCAGCCAGGACCGUGGCAGCAGCACGACGCCCAUCGGCGAGGCCGUGCGAGGCGUCCGUGACAUAGUCCUGCGCGGGCCUCGUGGCUGGCGCGAGCUGGGUACAAGCAGUCUCGGAGUCACCGGUCUGGGCAUUGGCAGCGGCGACAGCGGCGCCAUUGCGUGCUGGGGAGGGGGUGGGCUGGCCAUCCAAAUGGAAAUGGAGACGAGCGUUGUCGUUGAGAUUGAAACUGCCCCACAAACGCCAUCACGGUUACGAGCGCCGAGCACAUCGAUGCCGGCAUAUGAUGAGAAGGACAUGCCAGAUCUGCCUCCCAUUCAAUAG